AUGAGAGCCUCCGCGGCGGACAGGGUGGUGCCCAGCGGCGGCGCCAACGGCGGGAGCUCAUCGCUGUGGCCGCACCCGCGGUCGGUGCGCGAGUACGCGUCGCAUCGCAAGAAGGUGCACACCGUCGCCUGGAACUGCAGCGGCACAAAGCUCGCCUCUGGCUCUGUCGACACGAGCGUGCGAGUGUGGACGAUCGACGAGGGCGGCCGCGCGUCGGACGUGGAGCUCAAGGGGCACUCGGACUCGGUGGACCAGCUGCGCUGGGACCCGAAGAACGAGCACCUCCUCGGCACCGCGUCGGGCGACAAGACCGUCCGGAUAUGGGACGCGCGCACCUCAAAGUGCGUGCACGCAAUCGAGACGCGGGGCGAGAACAUCAACAUCCGGUGGUCGCCGGACGGGCAGCACCUCGCGGUGAACGAGAUGGCGUGGGACCCGAGCGGGCGCCUCUUCUUCCUCACCACCGGGGCUGGCAAUGUCGACGUCUUCUCCUUUGUUGACCUCCUCAAGCCGCCGCCGGCGCCGCCCAAAGCCUGGCGACGGCUCCGCCGCUCUGCGCCGCCAAAGCCUGGCGACGGCUCCGCCGCGCCCGCGCCCGCCGCCACCCUCACCGGCGCCGCGUUUACCGGCUGCCGCUUCCUGCCAGCAGCAGGGGGCCACACUGCAAACUGCUACUGCCUCGAGUUCUCGCCGUCGGGGGAGCGGUUCGCGGUGGGCGGCGCGGACGCGCUCGUCUCGCUCUGGGACGAGCUCGCGUGCGUCGCCACCUUCGCGAGGCGCGAGCAGCUCGAGUGGCCCGUCCGCACCCUCUCCUUCUCGCACGACUCCAGCUACAUCGCCGCGGGCACCGCACGCCCCGCCGCAGCAGCUUCGCACGCCGUGUGGACAGGGUCCGAGGACCCGCUCAUCGACGUGGCGCACGUCGCGACCGGCAAGCAGGCGCUGCCGCCCUGCCCCGCCAACGGCGUCUCACGCGGCACGUCGCUGACACGCCCGCGCCGCGCCCGCAAGGCGCUCGCGGUGCCCGUCAAGGCUCCGUCCAACUCGAUCGCCUUCCACCCGAAGAGGAUGCUGCUCGCCUUUGCGGGCGACGACAAGGACAAGAUGGGCCGCGACGAGGGCUCCCUCCGCAUCCUCGGCUUCCCCUCGUGA